CCCCAAAACCCCAAUUUCUCUUCUUCACUUCCUUGGGUACUCGUCGAAAUAAUAUUCUUGUAUGUUAGAAACCAUCAAUAUAUCUUUGAUGCAAGUUUUUAUGACUUCCUCUCUUUCUCGCAAGGAAUCUGCGUGUUUCUUACACGCCUUGUCCCCUUCUUCCUUCGGUCCUCCCGAACAAGGCACCUGGUAUUAUCGUUGCCUUGGCCUUGACCCUUAAACCCCCUCCAACCCGUUCUUUUUUUCCUCUCUCUCGCUCUAAAUACUCUCUUUUCUUUUAUUUAUUUUUCCUUUUUCUCUGAAUUAGAACCUCGCUUUUUAUCUUCCUAUACGUUUCUCAAAAGAAAAAGAAGACUAAUUAAAAAGAUGAUGAAGAGGAAUGUGCAUGAGAAAAUGAUGCCACAAACGCAAAAGAAGAAGGGAAAUGAGAACAAGAAUGUGAAGAAAAGCAUCAGGUUCUUGAUUACUAUCAAUGUUCUUGGCAGUGCAGGGCCUUUAAGGUUCCUGGUGAAUCAGGAUGAUCUUGUUGCUGCUGUUAUUGAUGUCGCCUUGAAAUCUUAUGCUCGCGAAGGCCGCCUUCCGGUUCUCGGUUUAGACCCCAACAAGUUUCUUCUCUACUGUGCAAAUGCAGGGUCAGAUGCUUUGAGUCCAUGGGAAAAGAUAGGAUCUCAAGGAGGAAGGAAUUUUGUGCUAUGCAAGAAGCAGGUGCAGCCACAGAUGACUGAGGCAAGGUCUGAGAUCAUAAAACAAAAGGGAAGUGGUUGGAAGGCUUGGCUCAACAAAUCCUUCAGUUUCAAGAUUUUGUCUCAUUAAGAUUAAUAUAAUCUUGCUCGUGAGAAAAUUCUGUUUAUUAGCUAAAAGGGUCAGACCAUGGGUAAAACCAUAAUCUGGCCAGAUACGAAAUGCAAUAGUAAGUUCUAAUGCUUUUGAGGUGGAAAACGUAUUUAGCUAUCGGUAUAUGUUCUCCUUGUAAAUAAUUGAAAUAAUAUGCCCCCAUGUGGUACUUUG